GUGAAGUGUAGUGAAACUUUACAUUGGAUCUGGACAGAGGGUCUCCACUGUUCCAUACCUGACAAUGGACAGGAAGAGGAAGUGGGCGCCAGGCUUUGGAGCGGUGCUGUUGAUACUCCUGGGUCACAUGACCUCAGCAUUGGAAGUGCCUCUUGACCUGCCUCAGCCCCCAACUAUAACGCUACAGUCCCCAAAAGAUUACAUUUUUGACCCGCGGGAGAACAUUGUCAUCCACUGUGAUGCCAAAGGGAAGCCCCAUCCCAGCUUCUCAUGGACCAGAAACGGGACUCACUUUGAUGUGGAGAAGGACUCCAAGGUCCUGAUGAAGCCCGGCUCAGGAACGCUGGUCAUCGACAUCAGCGGGGAAAAGGCCGAGGCCUACGAGGGAGUUUACCAGUGCACUGCUCACAAUGAACAUGGCACUGCCCUAUCCAACAACAUCGUCAUCCGACAGUCCAGGUCCCCCUUGUGGUCGAAGGAGAGAAAUGAGGCCAUCAUGGUGCAGAGGGGGGUCUCCCUGGUGCUGCAGUGUCGGCCCCCUGCCGGGCUGCCCCCUCCCGUCAUAUUCUGGAUGGAUAAUAUCUUUCAGAGGCUGCCGCUGAAUGAGCGAGUGUCCCAGGCCCUAAAUGGAGACUUGUACUUCUCCAAUGUUCUCCCAGAGGAUACCAGGAGUGACUACAUCUGCUACGCCCGCUUCCCACACACACAGACCAUCCAGCAGAAGCAGCCCAUCUCAGUAACCGUGCUGGACAUGGAAGCAAUGAAUGAGACUGUGGCUGCUUUGUACAAUAUCACUGAUUUCUAUAGUGACAGCCCGGUGGGAGACCGAAAACCCGGCUUCAUGGCGCCUCUUGGUGCCACCAGCACCAACAUGGUUCUGAGAGGGGAGACUCUGGAGCUGGAAUGCAUUGCCGAGGGCUUGCCCACCCCAGAGAUCUCCUGGAGCAAGGAGAGCGGAGAGCUGCCGAGCAACAGGAUGUCCCUGAAAAACUUCCAGAAGACCCUGGAGAUCCGUGAUGUGACGGAGGCCGAUGCCGGAGACUACCGCUGUGUGGCCAAGAACAGCCUGGGCAGUGUGCACCACAUCAUCAAGGUCACUGUCAAAGCGGCUCCAUUCUGGAUCAGCGCCCCCAGGAACCUGAUCCUCGCCCCCAACGAGACGGGCAUCCUGACCUGUCGGGUCAGUGGAGACCCUAAACCUAAAAUUAGCUGGUUGGUCAAUGGAGUCCCCAUAGAGAAUGCACCCCAGGAUCCCAGCCGCAAGGUGGAGGAUGACACAGUGAUUCUCAGCAACGUGCAGACAGGAUCCAGCGCCGUCUACCAGUGUAACGCAUCCAACGAGUUUGGCUACCUGAUGGCAAACGCGUUUGUCAGUGUCCUUGCUGAGCCACCAAGGGUGCUCACUCCAUCCGACCAUGUGUACCAGGUCAUCACUAACCACCCUGCUUUACUGGACUGCGCCUCCUUCGGCUCUCCAAUACCAACGAUUACAUGGUUUAAAGAUGUGAAGACCAGCAUACAGAAUGGAGACCCGUAUGUGAUCCAUGAAAAUGGCACGCUGGAGAUCCAUGUGGCCCAGAAGCUCAACAGCGGGAAGUACACCUGCAUCGCCACCAACACCCUGGGGAUCAGGGAGAACCAUGUCUACCUGGAGGUUAAAGAGCCCACUCGUAUCCUGAAGCAGCCUGAGUACAAAGUGGUGCAGAGGAACAUGAACGCUAUGUUUGAGUGUAAAGUCAAACAUGACCCAUCCCUCAUUCCCACAAUGACAUGGCUGAAAGACAACGGAGAGCUGCCUGACGAUGAGAGGUUUGUGGUGGACACCGACAGUCUUACCAUCAAAGAUGUGACCGAGAAGGACGAAGGGACCUACACCUGCAUCAUGAACACGACCCUGGACCAGGACUCGGCCAGCGCAAUGCUCACGGUUGUGGAGGCCACUCCUACCCCAGCUAUUGUCUACGAGGAACCGGACCCGCCAUCAGACCUGGAACUGACUGACCAGAGAGAUAGGAGCGUCCAGCUCACCUGGAUCCCUGGAGACGAACACAACAGCCCCACAGAGAAGUUUCUUAUCCAGUACGAGGACUUGCUCCACGAGCCGGGUGUUUGGCACAACCUGACGGAGGUUGAAGGCACCAGCACCACAGCACAGUUGAACCUCUCUCCAUAUGUCUACUACGCCUUCAGGGUGCUGGCCCUCAACCAUGUGGGCUACAGCCAGCCCAGCCAGCCCUCACGCCAGUACAGGACCAACCCUGCAGCUCCUGAUGAAAAUCCAUCAGAUGUUAAGGGAGUUGGAUCAGAGCACAACAACUUGGUCAUCUCCUGGAUGCCACUUAAAGGAUUUCAGUCCAAUGGGCCUGGACUACAUUACAAGAUCGAGUGGAGACAGAAGGAUGUGGACCAGGACUGGUCCUCAGAGUCAGUUGCCAACGUCACCCAGUUUGUAGUGUCUGGAACUCCCACCUUCGUGCCCUACGAGAUUAAAGUUCAAGCUGUGAACGAUUACGGCAGUGGGCCGGAGCCUGAAGUGGUGACUGGAUACUCUGGAGAAGACCAGCCCUUGACGGCCCCUGAGAAUGUGCAGGUCAUGGUCCAUAACAGCACCAUAGCAGAGGUGCACUGGGAGCCUGUGCCCACCUCUUCAGUGAGGGGAAAACUGCUGGGAUACAAUGUUUACUUCCAACGUGAGCGCAGCCUGACUGAAACUGAGGUGGAUCCUGAGCAGAAGGAGCAGGUUUUGACCUUCAGCGGGAACCGGAGUGAGGGCCGUCUGCCAGGACUCCAGCCUUACAGCCUGUACAACCUCUGUGUUAAGGUCUUCAACAGCAAAGGAGAAGGGCCACCCAGCACCAGCAAGAACUUUGAGACCCCUGAGGGAGUCCCGGGACCUCCUUCCUUCCUCAACAUCGUCAACCCUAAUAUGGAUUCUCUGACUCUGGAAUGGGGCCCACCAUUAAAGAACAAUGGACGCCUCACUGGCUACACACUCAAAUACCAACCAGUGAACACCACCAGUGAGCUGGGACCCAUGAAAGUCAUGACCUUCCCAGCCAACGAGACCUCCGUCAUUCUGAUCGAGCUCAAAUCCAACACACUCUACAAGUUUUACUUAAGUGCUAACACAAUCAAGGGCUCUGGCCCCAACAUCACUGAUGAGUCCUUCACAGUCAUGGACACAAUUCAUAUUCAGCCCACUGUAGAGACGGGCAAAGUGCAUCCUGUAGGCCCAGUGUUUGGCAUGGUUAACGUCUCCAUAUUGGAGGACAGUGCAGUGAUCAGUUGGGAAUACUCUGGACCCCAUAAGAAUGUGUUUGUGGAAUAUGUUGUAGAAAACAGUAAAGAUGACUGGAAAAAGGAGUUGGUCAACGGUUCACACUCGUAUUUGCUAAAGGGUUUAAAGCCCGGGACGUCCUAUAGGGCUCGUGUGGUAGCUAGAGACCAGGCUGACUCGAUGGUCCACAGCACAAAGGAGGUGACAAUUGCAGUGCCAGCUGUGGCAAGCCGUCAGGUAGACAUUGCCACCCAGGGCUGGUUUAUCGGCUUGAUGUGCGCCAUCGCUCUCCUCAUCCUGGUCCUUCUCAUAGUGUGCUUCAUCAAGAGGAACAAGGGUGGAAAAUACCCAGUGAAAGAGAAAGAAGAUGCUCAUCAAGACCCAGAGAUCCAGCCCAUGAAGGAGGAUGAUGGCACAUUUGGAGAAUACAGUGACACAGAGGACCACAAGCCGCUAAAGGGCAGCCGGACGCCAUCCAACGGGACGGUGCGCCGUGACGAGAGCGACGACAGCCUGGUGGACUACGGGGAGGGCGGGGACGGGCAGUUCAACGAGGACGGCUCCUUCAUUGGCCAGUACAGCGGCAAGAAAGAGAAAGACACACACGAAGGCAACGAGAGCUCUGAGGCGCCAUCACCCGUCAACGCCAUGAACUCCUUUGUCUAACAAAGGGGGAAGGCCUGUGAGGCGGCGCACCUGGCCGCAACCUGUUGCUAUGGUCACUCGUUGUCACCCUGGCAAAUGUAACCGUGGGGACUGUCUCUGUGGUGACAGUUGCUGUGGUGACAGUCACCGUGGAUCCCUGUUUGUGCCAUGGUGGCUGUCACUCCGGUGGCCAUCGCCAUGGCGGCUGUAACCGUAGCGUCCAUCACCAUGGCCACCUGUCACUAAGACUGCCGACAUGCCCUCAUCUCCACACCUGCUGCCCUGACCCCACCCAGCCAGUCCCUCUUGCCCCGUCACACUGUGACCUCCACUGAUCAUUGCAUACACACGCAAGCGCUCAACUCAACGUGACAAAGACCGACCUGAUGUUCCCCGUGACCAUUUAAAGAAGAAGUGGAGCACGGGAUGCAAAUACUUUCAGGAACAGAGAGAGAAAGAGAGAAGGAGGGAAGGAAAGCAAUUUGGAAAAGCCGAAGGAAUGUACAAGAAGGAGUUCUACCACUCGGACUGCUCUGCAUGGAACAGGAGUGGCCAUGAGUGUGUGUGUGUGUGUGUGUGUGUGUGUGUGUGUGUGUGUGUGUGUGUGUUUUAGUGCUGUUUGAUCUCCUUUGCAAACAUAUACUCAACGUGAUGCAUCCAACUAUAUAUUUUAUCAAAUACAUGACCCUCAGGCAGGCAAUUAUACACUGAAUAAAAUACCGCCACUCAUUCAUCAGCAUCUGCAUGGAGUAAAUCAUGAUUCUACGAAGCAUUUUACCACACUCACAAUCACAACUCGUGUCAGGUGUUGCAGAGGUGAGCUGCGUGUUGAGACUGUAUGUGCUGCACGCCUUCCAGCAACUGGUUAUGCCUUUUACUUUUUUUGUUUUUCUUUUUUUUUUCCAAUUGUCAAAAGUGUUACAUGGCGUAUUAUAUCUAUAGGAAAAAAUGGCAGCAGUGUCUAUAUGGACGUCGCUAUGAAAUGUGUGACUCGAAGUAGAAGCUAGCGUGUCUUUUUCAAGACAGAUGAGCUGUUUGUACUGUACAUAUAUACUGUAACAGAAGAAAAAGAAAGCUAUAUUGACUGCUGGAGGUCAGGGAUAUGCAUCCACACAUAUGGGAUCCCUGUCUAAAAACACUUUGAACUCACACUAAUGUCACUCCUCACCACAGCAACCAGCCAGAACUCACACGCUGACUUAGGAUUG